AUGGCCCCCUCAGCUCUGACCGCAGUGCUCCUCAUCACACGCACCCGUCCCGGCCCCAAGCUGGUCUACCACUAUCCAGAAAUACCCGACAUCAAAUUGCAGACGCAUCACGAUCAAGAUUCUGAUGACUCCGAAACCGAGACCGAUGAGCCUGCGGAUAAGCACGGCAGGAACUCACGAAAUGGACCAGCUGUCAGUGGAAACACCGUCAGCAACGGCAAGCUCACGUCGGGAUCAGAGACGGUUCUUGGCCAUUCGGUAGAGACGUUGGAGAAGCUGCUAUCGCCUGGGAGGUGGUGUGAUCAGAAGAAGUUUGAGAUCUGUGUGAAUGGUUUGACAUUCCUCGGCCAUCCGGUCUAUGCUCUAGCAGAUGGCGAGUGGACGGAGAGGCCGGCAGAGAAUGCCGAAACUGCUGCAGCGAAGUUGAAGAAGCCUGGUCUGAAGGAUCACCAGAAGUAUGGAGAGUACCACAUGUAUCUUGAUCCAGGGAGUCUGGCGACCACGCCUCUUGCCGGGACUGGAGCGAUCAAAUCGGAGCAUGACUUCACACAUAUCCCAGAAAGUCUGGAUUCUCAGAAAGGACUAGCCACGUCGAUGGAAAGUGGCUCGACAGGUUCAGCUCCGGCUUCUGAACAAAUGGCAAUGUUUCAUGUUGUGUUUGCGAUGCGUCCUCAGGGAGCAGAUGGCCAGCGAGAGGUUCCAGCAAUGCAUGACGAGGUUGCGAAGACGCUGAGCAGGGCACUGCAUUACUGCCAGAAGCAGAGCAACUAUGUCUCGAAUGAGAGUAGGAGACUGCUUGCUUUGCGGGCCAAGGCCAGGCAAUCGCAAGACUCGAUGCAGGGGCUCUGGAAACAGAUGAUUGAGACGAGCGAAUUGGCGUGGGCGUUGGAAGAAGUGUAUGAAUGCAUAUCCAAUGGUGAAGUGGCAGGCAUCAGACUCAAUGGCAUGGAGAUGUCACUGCACAUCACCCGCCCUGAAAAGCAAGAGAAUAUACUGGAUCCCGAGCCGCUGUCUGCUCUCCUCCUCCUCGAAAGCAAAGAGACACUCCUAAACCAACUCUCCCACCCCGACGCAUCGCCCCUCGCACACUUCAUCCGCGAAAUGACACCCACCAAGAACCUCCAAAAACACGCCACCAACCUCGGCAUGCCCAUCAACGACAUCCUCUACCUCGCCCGCCACCUCAUCAAAUGGCGCAAAGCCCGAGUCAUCAUGCCCCUCCACCAACGCAACAUCUACGUCGUCAGCCCCAACGCCCCAUUAGAAAACCUCGCCCACCUCCGAGACUCCUACAUCAAGCUCUUCCCAACCCUCCCGAGCCUCCCCAACAUGCUCAAAGUCCUCUCCGGCAAACCGAUCAAAUACGGCCUCAUGAUUCCCUCCCGAGAUCACCGCGGAGCUUUCAUGGAGAUCCUCUCCUUCCUCGCAAGACACGACCUCGUCGUGCAACUCAAAACCUCCGGCUGGCUACGUCUCCCUAAACACCUCCCAAAUACCUCCCACCACCCCUCCCGCCUGGACUCGACGAACAAGAGACCCACCUCCGCCCGCGGUCUCCUCUCGCCUCGCCUCCGCGCUACCGAGGACGACACCCUCAGCAUCCACUCCGACAAAACCACCAUCGCCGCGCCCACCAGCAUCAAAACCCCCUCCAACCCACCCCCUCAAAACGACGACAACAACCUCCUCAUCACGCAUCCCACGCACCCCACACCAGAACAAAGCACCCUCCUCGCCCACCUCCCCUUCGAACUAAGCAACGUCGAGUUCCGCGAGAAUUUCUCUCUGAUCCUACCGCAUCUCGAUGGCGAGCAUGCUUUCGAGGAGAUUGCUGCGAGGGUGGGGGUGAAGAGGGGGAAGGUGGAGGAGUGGUUGCUUGAGUUGGAGAAGAAGGGGUGGUUGGUGAGUGUGAGGUGGGUGUGA